UGGCAGCUGUGAUGAACUAUAGCAUCUGUCACUCAAACCUAGAAGCUGGUUUCUGGAGGAGUACACAGGAGAUCGAGAAGGUUUGUGCGAUCACAUGGACACAGGAAUGAGAAAAUGGGUUUGGAUGAGCGCAUCCCAUAAGGAAUCCUGGAUGCUGCGCGACAGAGGCGACGGGCACCAGCAUCCGAACAUCCAGGAGCAAACACAACGAAAACCACGCGUUUUUUACGACCUCAAUGGACGAGGAAUGAAUUCGUAGUCACUCCGGUGUGAAUCAGAGGAGACGCAGCGUUUGGAUGCAGGAACAUGAGGGCGCGAGACAGCAGGGCACCAGCAGUGCCCAGGUUGGGGUCCCCCCAGAGGGGCGGGGCAGCAGUACGGGUGGGGCCCCGGUCGAGGACAUGCAGGCACUGUCAAUCACUUCUCUCUCCGCUUCUGAGGUAGAGCAACAGUUCGAACUGAUUGGUCUUUUGGGGAAGGGCACGUACGGCAAAGUUGACCUGGUUGUGCACCGGAAACAGGGCACUAAACUGGCCCUGAAGUACGUGAAUAAAAACAAAACAAAGUUGCGGAGUUUUCUGCGUGAAUACAGUCUGAUGACUGCGCUGGGCUGCAGCCCAUUUAUCAUCAAAGUUCUGAAUGUUCUGUUCGAGACCGAGGAGAGCUACGUGUUUGGCCAGGAAUAUGCGCCUGCAGGAGACCUGUUUGACAUCAUCCCACCUCAGGCCGGUUUGCCAGAAGAUAUGGUCAAGCGCUGUGUUCAACAGCUGGGUUUGGCUCUGGACUUCAUGCACAGCAAAAGUCUGGUCCAUCGUGACGUAAAGCCAGAAAACGUCCUCCUCUUCGAUCGUGAGUGCCGACGUGUGAAAUUGGCAGAUUUGGGAAUGACGCGCCGGACGGGCAGCCGAAUCAAGCGGAUCAGUGGCACUAUCCCCUACACUGCCGCCGAGGUGUGCCAGGCCUCCAUAUCGGAGGGAAUUAUAGUGGCGACCACACAGGACGUCUGGGCCUUCGGAGUUUUGCUGUUUUGCAUGCUUACGGGAAACUUUCCUUGGGAAGUUGCGUUGCCUAGCGACGCAUUUUUUUCUGAGUUCCAGCGUUGGCAGAGAGGGGCGUGUCCGCCCGGUGCUGUACCGUCACAAUGGCGGCGUUUUUCUGACGAUGCGUUACGCAUGUUCAACCGGCUGUUAGCGCUGGAGCCUGAGCGUCGCUGUGGCGUUAAAGACGUGUUCUACUUUCUAAAAUACCACCUGCUGAAUCAUCACCGCCGCAGAGCUUCCUGUAGGGCGUUUAGGGGAGGUUCCAACUGUUGCUCUGCCCACAGACACACGGAGCCCUCUCCUCCUUCGGGCACUUCCUGUCUACGCCCCACCCCCCUUAAACGUAGCAUCCUGUCCGAGCCUCAUUCUUCCCGGGAGGAAUCCUCCAAAAGCCCGUCUCCAAAUCGCCAAGACAAGAGUAAAGUGAUGAUGACCACGCCCAUUGAAAUUUGCGUAUGAAGCCACAGAUUAGAAUCAUUUGAGUUUGGAUCAGCGAAUCUUCAUUUUGGGAUAAAAUGCGUCUUUCUCCCGUUUCAGAUUUUUGUAGGCAUUUCACUUUUCUACAGUGCUCUGAACUGAAAUUCCAACACCAUCUUCUCUGUAGGAGACAAAGAAUCUUUGCUUUGACUUUUAAACCAGCCUAUUAUCAUACAGUAUGUGUGCACCAAAAGGAAACGAUAUAUUUUAUACUGGAUUUUUAUGUUUUACUAAACCAUGCAGAACUACAUGCCCGAUGACAGCCACUGUCUAGUGGUCAAAGAGACGGAGGAUUUGAUCUGUUUCCAAAGCUUCCUUUAUUGUUCAUGUCGUGUUUUUGAAGAGUAAGAACACAGCCUCCUUUAGAUUACAGGGACUUUAUUAUGUGCUUGUACUUGUUGUGUGUGUAUUUCUAAGAGAUCUUUGAAGAAAUGAGGUUAAUUUUCGUGGGAUCUUGAAUGUCUCGAGCGACACCAGUUUCUGUGUUCUCAUAGAAUGGGUCAGUUAGGUAAAAGAAGCCUCAAGGGCUUUUCAAGAACAUCUGCUCCACAGAACAUCGUGACAUUACUUUGUCAGCUAGAGCUAAUGAUUCUAAAGAAACUCUGUUUAGUCUUACUUUAAAGUUUACAUAGGAUGCGUUUUAGAUAUUGAGUUAGAUGGUAGAGAACUCUUACAAUGUUUGAGGAUAGAUGUGUUGCAAAAGAGCACAAGCACCUUUAUCAUCAUCAACACACUGAAAAGACUAAAUGAAAUACAAAUAUGUGCAAAUGUUAACUGUGACUUGUUAGCUAUAAGAGCAGUCAUUUUUAAUAUACUAGUUUAUAGUCCAUCGGUUGAAUCGGUGAGUUCAGACGACCUUGAAGUAUCCACUUCACAAGGAACUAAAGGUGUUUUUAAAGAAUGAAUACAUAUAUAUGAAACUGGAUGUUGUGUAGCUGCCAUACAAGUUGUCAUACAGUAGAUUGUUUUGAUUGAUAAGCAGCUGAUUAAACUGUUUAAACGCACAGCAAAAUGUCUCUUAAUGUUUUUAGUAGUUUUUAGUGACCACUUCUCUGUAAAGAUGAAGAAAUGAUUUCUCCAGAUUCCUGUUGGUAGUAAAUCGUUGCUUGACAUCAUAAUUGUUAUGAACUCAUCAGGGGUUCCUGAUGGAUCAAGCUCCCAUGGUUCUGUUUGCCAGUCACAUUCACAUAUUUAUUCUACCCCACCCAUUGAUAACAUGCCCUCCGAAUGUCAAAACUGGAUCAAAUGUGAUUUUAUCGAGUUUUCUACUUGAGUGGUUUAAGAGGAAAAUGUUAUUGCAUAUGGAGUUCUCAGAUGUGUUUAAUUUGAGUAGAUUAGUCUCAUAAAGUUGUUAAAGUAAAUGAAGAGUAUGGUGGUAUAAAAUGAAUGUAGAUGGUAGCGGUGAAUCAAACUGGAUUUGGGUCAAUUUGAUGAGAAAUGUUAACGUUCAUCUUCAGUAAUAUUGACUUUUGACAAAUCUGAACUCAGUUUGAGACAUUAUUGAGAUCACUUCUGAAACUCUAUGACAGACACAUUUAGGAGAUUUCUGACCCUUUUACACAGAAGAAAUAUCUGAGACACAGACGCAAAAGUUUCCAUUUGCUCUCCAUUUCAUCUCACUGAUAUAAUUGAAUAAUUAUAGAAUUAAUUGAGAAAUAAUUGAGACAAAGAGAUUUCAUCUGCUUCUGAUUUUUCUUAUUAUGGGGUUUGGAAAUUAUUUAUGAAAUGCAGAUUUACCUCCAUU